UAAUAAUAAGACUUAAAUUUUUGCGAAAUUACCUAUAAUGAUUCAAAUGAUACAUAUAAUGACUAUACUAAUGCAUAAACUUUUUUAAUUACUGUACUAAAUCACAUGGGUAACCAAAAUACAAAAAAAUCAGCAUUCCUUUGAGUAUUAACGAAACUGCCAUUGAAUUAAUUUAUAAUAUUAAUUGACUAAUAUUUUCUAAAAAAGCAAAACCCCUUUGUCAACACUUCUUCUCCUUCCUAAUCUCAGUUUUCCUUUUCUCCACAUUGAACCUCCAUCUCCGACAACCUCAUCUCAGUUGCAGUCGCCUUGCGUUUCGUUACCUCCUCUCUAAGCCGGCGUCGUCCCUGCACACGAUGAACCCUAACUCCAAACCCUAACUCCAAUUUGGCUUCGUCACAUCCGCCUCAAAAUCAAAGAAAAUUGAAACUGAAUGGCCUCAUCUUCGGGGACCAAGAAGUAUCCUCCGCGGCUUUACGAGAUUGGUAAAACGCCUAUUCAAUCUCGGAGCAUGAACCACAGUUGUUUUCUGUCCAACCUUCAAGUAAUGAAAGAGUCUGUCGGCGAAGACGUUUGGCUUGAGUUAAGAGAAUCAGCUGUAGGCGUGAUUAUCAAGCUGAAGGAGUUGGAGUACACUUGGUCUGCAAAACAUGUUCAUUAUUUUCUGGUGAAUCAAUUGGCGAUUCAGUGCAGUCAUGAAGUUUGGUCUUUGAUAGAAGACCAGCCAUUGAGGUUCUCUCUGUAUGAGUUUGAAGAUAUUACAGGGUUAAAUUGUGAUCCCUUUGACACACAAGAACAAUGGGAUGUGGCUCAUGAAGACUUUUGGGUGGAGAUGAAAGUUCCAAUUUUUGAAGGACCCAAGUUGAAUGAACUUCAAGCCCUUUUUCCGAUCAUCAGAAAUUGGCCUAGAGAGAAGCGUGUAAUGGUUGGCUUGUUGUGUCUACUAUCCAUUGGCAUAUUUGGCAUUUCAAGCAAUAGUAGAAUACCUCUGCAUUUGGCGAAAAGGGUGAUGGAUCCAGCAGCUUUCGAGCGCCAUCCAUGGGGUCGUGUAGCAUUUACCAGCCUUGUGGAUUCUAUUAAAGUGGUGACAUACGAAGAAAAGAAGAGUUACACACUACAUGGCUGUGUUCAUGCAUUGCUUAUUUGGAUAUACGAGUCUGUGCCAGGUUUAGGAGAGAUAUAUGGGCAUCGGAUAGAGGAAGCUGAGGUUCCGCUUCUGUCAUGGCAUGGUUCUCGUCAGCGUAUCAACUUCCCAAACUUCUGUGCACAAGAAAAGAAAAAAUAUCAGAAGGUAUGAUUAUUUUCUUUGCAAUUAUUUUU